UUUGAACCUAGUCAGAAACCAUCAAGAUUGGCACCAAAAAUACGACUAAUUAAGAUCGAGUUGCUAGCCAUUGUGUUAGUAUAAGAAGCUCAAUUAAGUCUAUCAAAUUCUUAUCCAAAAUUCUCAUAAUUAUACUCUAUUUCCCUUCAACUGAUAUCGAUCAUGGCAGCCUACGCAGCUUUGGUUUCUCUAAUGCAUAUCAUAGACGACAUCGAGCGCCAUCAUUCCCCUCCAAUUUCUCUCAGCAAACAACAAGUUCAAUCUCUCACUGAAAAUGUCACGUUCUUGCAGGAGUUUCUCGAAGCUUAUAUCUCCCCUGUUUCCGACGGCGACGAAGCAGAUCCAUUGGAGAUGCGUAUUGCAGAUGCAGCUUACGCGGCAGAACACGCCAUCGAAUCUCAUAUCGUGGCCAAGAUUCAGCUGAGCAGAUCCAAAGAAACCAUUUGCAGCCGCUUCUUCAGCUGCUUUCGAGGGGCAGAGGAUCCAAAAACUGUCUCACCAAAUCAUGAUGAUGAUGAAGAGAUGAACUUGUAUCAAGAUGUGCAAAAUGUGAUACAAGAAAUGGAUGAGAUCAAGAGUUUGGCGAUGCAGAGGAAUACAGAGAAGGUGGUGCUCCAUGAUAAAAGGCGCAGCUUCGUCUCUGCUCCUUCUUCCACUGGGAAGAACAGUAGUGGCACGGUGGUGUGGUCCGAGGGUGUCGUGAAUGGCAUCUUGGAAAGGCUCGUUGCGGACCAACACGAACGCCAAGUCAUCCCGAUCACAGGAAUGGGCGGGAUAGGUAAGACCACUCUUGCCAAAACUGUUUAUUCGAAGCCAAUUAUUGAGCAUCGUUUUGAUAUUCGUGCAUGGGCUACUAUUUCUCAACAAUACAACACAAGAGAAAUUCUUUGUGAACUUGUUUCUCAAGCCACUAAACAAUACAAGGAACAGUUGAGUGAAAGGAGUGAAGAUGAACUAGGAUUAGAGCUCUAUCAGUAUUUGUCAGGUAGAAGGUUUCUAAUUGUGAUGGAUGAUAUGUGGAGCAUCGAUGCAUGGGAUAGGAUACAACGUUUCUUUCCUGAUAAUGAGAAUUGUAGUCGGAUAUUAGUGACGACUAGGCUUUCACACCUGAGUUCCCAAUUGAACAACAAUUAUAUUCAAAUGGAAUUUUUAGAUGAGGUUAGAAGCUGGGAACUUUUCUCCAAAAUUGUGUUUGGGGUUGGGAGUUGCCCUCAUAAGUUAGAGAAAAUGGGAAAGGAAAUUGUAGAGCACUGUAGAGGACUUCCUUUAUCAAUUGUUGUGGUGGGGGGUAUUUUGAAAAAUAUGGAACACACUCUAGGAGGUUGGGAAUCAAUUAGGAAGAACUUAACUUCAAUAGUGAAUUUGGAGAAUGAUAAGCAUUGCUUGAAAGUGUUGAAAAUGAGCUAUAAUCAUUUGCCAAUUUAUUUAAAGCCAUGUUUUUUGUAUAUGGGAGUGUUUGAGGAGGAUGAUUCGGUUAAAGUCUCAACACUCGUGAAGCUAUGGGUUUCGGAAGGAUUUCUAAAGCCAGUGAAUGGCAAAAGUUUGGAAACUAUUGCCAUAGAGUUCUUAAAGGACUUGGUUGAUAGAAAUCUCAUUCUAGUUGGUGAAGAGGGGUCUACUGGAAACAUAAAAUUAGUCAAAAUUCAUGAUUUGUUGAGGGAUUUAUGCUUAAAUGAGGGCAAGAGAGAUGGGUUCUAUCAUGUGAUAGGGCAAUCUAGUCCUCGUGGCAGAAGUAGCCAACGCCGCGUUAUUAUACGUAGGAGCACUCCCAAGAAAAUAGUCCUUGAUGACUUGCAAUCUAUGCCAUGUGCUCGUUCCGUUGUCAGUGAAUAUGGGAAAGUCCCGGGGAGUAAGAACUCUGGACUGCUUAGAACAUUGCAUGCAUAUAAGUUUCGUUAUUAUGAUGAUGAAAGCUAUGUGAUCAAGUCCCUUGCGUCUCAGUAUGUUAACCUGCGCCACCUUGCUGUUGAAGUUGGUAGCAUGUCCUCGAUCUUUUCCUCCUUCAGCCGCCUCUGGAAUCUACACACAUUGAUCGUUUCUUGUGAGAAGGAAUUCACUGCACCUGCUGAGAUAUGGAGAAUGCCUCAACUUAGGCAUAUUGAAAUGACUGAAAGAAGUUUUUGUCUUCCAGAACCUUCGAGUGAUGAUGUCGUCAUCAUGGAGAAUCUACAGGUGCUUGAGCGAGUGCGUAAUUUCAAGUGCAGUGAAGAGGUGGUCAAGAGAAUUCCCAAUAUCAAAAAAUUGGGGAUGCAGUAUCUUGGGGGCGAGGGGAUCGAGCAUGAUGAUUAUUAUUGUCUGAGCAAUAUCGAACGUCUGUGUAAAUUGGAAUCUCUCUACAUAUCGUGUUGGUAUGAUUUUAGAGUUUCUUUGUAUGUGCUCACAUUCCCCCAAAGCCUUAAGAAGUUGACUCUUUCCAUGAAUGGUGGCUUUGAAUGGGAAAAGAUGUUGGAAAAGAUAGGUGCAUUGCCCCAUCUCGAGAAGUUCAAAUUGUGGCAGGGAUGCUUUAAAACAGGCAAGUGGGAAAUGGUUGAAGACCAAUUCCCUUCCCUCAAAUACUUGGGAUUGUAUUCAUGUCCUAGUCUGGAGCAUUGGACUGCGGAAGCGAGCUCCAUCUUUCCACGUCUUGAGAAGCUUCAGCUUUUUCAUAUGGAAGAGUUGAAGGAGAUCCCAUCUCAGAUUGGAGAUAUACCCACCCUGCAAAAGAUAUGGAUGACUGAUUGUGGCGAAUCAUCAGUGAGGUGUGCCAAGGAGAUCGUAGACCAACAAGUGGAUUUACAAGGGGAAGUUCAAUUUCAUGUUCAAGUUUGGUUUCCGCGUAAAGACGAAGAAAUGCAGACCUUUGAAGCAUUGCAGAGCUUGGCAGGUCCCAACUUUGAAGUUGUGUAAUAGCUAGCUAGGUUUUACUCCACCACCAUCUCUCUUGUUUUCGUGCGUGCUUAUAUUUUUUAAAUUAUGUGUAAGGCUCUCCAAGAUAUUUGCAUUUGAAUAAGCAUCAAAUUAACAUAUGUUUAAUUAA